AUUUCUAGGUCAAGGGGUGGAGGAAUCGACAGGCCUGAAUUCAUUAAUAGGCAGCCAACCCUUUGCCACUGCGACACAUGGGUGCUAGCGUUGGGAUGGUAUUUCUCCAAGAGCUGUCUAUGGGUGCGCUGCAUCCCGUCGACGGGAGUGAGACUCCCGCCAAGGGACAGCGACAAACGCGCCGCCGUUCAAAGACGAGAAUGUUUGCUUGGCUGUUCCAACAAGCCCAUCACGUCAUAGUAUGAGGCUUGCCGGAGAGAUUUUCGGUCAAGAAGAAACGUCCAAACACCAAAUCCAUCAUCCAGCCCCUGACACGACCGACAAGACGCCUUCGUCGCUUGCACGAUGCUUUCGUCUGGAAUACCCCCAUCCCCACAUUGAGCGGAGCGCAACGCCCCCUCGUACCUGUCACGGCUGGAACCGAGGCGGGCUCUGGUUCUGCUCGUGCUCACUCGCGCUGGCCGAGUCCGCGGACGAUGAUCCCGGAUAGGGGCCCGAGGUGGACUCUGGAAAAUAGGUACAUCGACAUUAGAGUUUGCUCCACCAGCCUCAAGGGGGAGGGUCAAGGGGGAGUCAGGUCACGAGAGCUUAACGUUCGUCUAGGGCCCAUCCUCGUCUUGGACCGUGUCGCCGGCGAUGAAACCGCUCCAGCGGACCACCCCGGUCUGCUGGCUUGUGCGACCCUGAAACCCGGGGUGCCGGCUGCUGGGAGUGUAUCCGCACGCCGGGCCGAGGGGCAGGUCUCUCGACAGUACAAAACAGAGCGCGGCUGCACCGUCACUGACGACAGCCUCUUCUUGUGUGCGCGAACUCUUAGUCUUAGUCCUUGCUUCUCUUCCUUUCGUUGAUCAAUUUCCCUUCAAUCCUGCUAGUCAGACCUUUUGUCUUAGUGUCUUCCAACACCUUGACCGACCCUCUUUUGACAGUCACGUUCGUUUCACCACUUUCCGCUUUCGCCUCCGAAAAUGCGUUACUCCUUCACCUCGACUCUUUCGCUCGCUCUGAGCCUGUCGCCCAUCUCGGGCGUCUGGGCUCAGUGCAGGAAGCUGCAGUUUGACGGCCGCAUCCCUAACAACUUCCAGGUCGCCCAGUUCGACGCCGCGAACAACAUCUUCAACCCCAAAAACGUUCUUGGAAAGGAUCUGGCCUUCAGCAAAAUCCUACAACUUCCCAAGACGUCGGGCUCUCUGUUUGACAACAACGGCACGCAACCUCUCGAGGUUACCAUUGACGACAAGUCCAUCUUUGUCCCCAACGCCGACACGGUGCAGAAUGGCUUCCGCCGCGUCGAGCUCCUGGCGGCGAGCAACUCGGGCACCGAUGACUCCACCAAGGGCGUCAAGACGCUGCACUUCAGCAUCGCCAAGGACGGCCAGAGGGCCCUGAACCUGACGCACGAGUACCAGCUCGUCUUCCUCGAGGACAACAGCUUCAGCACCAACCAGGUCGUCCUCAAGACCGGCACUGUCGCCGGCCAGAACGGCGGCAACCCCGACACUCUGCAGCUGUUUGGAAACGUCAAGGAGAGCCCGCCCAAGGUGCUCUUCAGCACCCCCUUUGCCGCCAACGGUUUCCAUAACUUUGGCAUCACCAUGGACUUUAACAAGAAUACCGUGCAAGUCCUGUUCUCCACCGGCGCGCAGCCCCUCAAGGCGGUGACCCAGCCCAUCGCCAACGACCUCAGCGGCGGCGGCCAGUACCACUUUGGCAUGCUGAAGAAGGGCCUCGGUGGCGGCGCCGACAUCGUCCGCAACGGUGUCCAGCCGGCCGGCAUCAAUGAGGGUCUCAUCUACGGUGGAAUCUUCAUGGAGGACAGCUCCACCGGCUGCGUCAGCCUGGCGCCCCAGGCCAAGGUGGCCGGCAGGCGGUGCGCGGAGAAGCGUAGUCUUGCCUAAGUAGAAGAUUCGGUACAAGUUCGUCAGGGUGUAGGAAGCAAAGGAAUGAGGCGGGCGAAAAAUAAAACCUUGUCGCAUAUGCACUUCACCUCCGCUUUUCGCUUCUAUAUGAUAUGUAUCGACAUGGCACACCCCGCGGCUUUUAUGCCACAUGUACAAAGAUGUAGAUUGCACUCUCUCCCUCACAUUUACUGGGGCUGGCGGGGUGUUGGUCCCCCGAGACACGGCUACACGCGCCAAACUCAGGCUUCCGUCGCUCCCCCUUUUCUCGUGCUCUCAGGGUCACCCCAGAAUAGCAAGAAGCUUCUCAAAAGUGUUCGGGGUGCCCAGCCCCGUCGCGGCAUCCCAGCCCGCC